UCAGUGAGUACUCAGUGAGCGUAUCAUUCAGUCAGAGAAUUCAGUCAUCUGUAGCGAAGGCAUCUACCCUGAGCUCAGAUAGAAGUGUAGCUCUAUAGAACUAGAUCUCAGAUAGAAGUGUAGCUCUAUAGAACUAGACCUCAGAUAGAAGUGCAUCUCUAUAGAACUAGAUCUCAGAUAGAAGUGCAGCUUUAUAGAACUAGACCUCAGAUAGAAGUGCAGCUCUAUAGAACUAGAUGAGCAGAAUGGCGUCGACCUCAGCUGACGUGCUGCCGACUGGCAGCCGGAUCUUCACCUCCAUCCCAGACAUCUUCUUCAUCCCUGAGUUUGUCUUCGGGGGUCUGGUAUGGACGCUGAUCGCCUCCACCCUUGUGGAUCCCGCAAACCCCCUGGGCUGGGUCAUGUUCGUCUCCAUCUUCUGCUUCGUCAUGACAACUCUCUGGUUCUUCAUCUUCGCCUGUGGAGCCAAUCAGGGUGGCAUCUGGCCCUCCUUGGAUGUGGGCUACCACUUUGUUGCCGUGCUGUUGUACCUGAGUGCGUCUGUGGUGCUGGCCUACUACACCGUGUUGAUAGGAACUCUCGCAUCAGCUGUCUCCGUGCUGCCGCCCAGCGCCCUCAAGAUCUACCGCCUGGACAUCGCUGCUGUGGUGAUGUCUUAUCUCACCACACUGCUCUAUUUUCUACAUGCCAUCUUCUCUGCUCUGCGGUGGAAGAGCUCCUGAGGAAUGAAGAUCAACAAAGUUCAGACAGCCCUUGUUAAAAUUAGAAUCAAUUAAUCAGUUGAAGAUGAUAUGGUGAUAUAAUCCUAUUAGAUAUCAGCAUAGCAUACGAUCAGAAUACUAUACUGUAAAAAGUAGAGAACUUCAGCAUCCUAAAUAUUCUGAGCAAAACAUGUUAUAUAAACUAUCUGAACCUCCCUGGAUACCCUGACCCUCUAACCCUAAUCUUCUUUCACUAACCCUCACCCUCUAUCCCUAAUCUUCUAUCACAAACCCUCACCCUCUAACCCUAAACCUCUAUCCCUCACCCUCACCCUCUAUCCCUAACUCCAACUCUCUAACCUCCAGCAGUCUGAACUAUUUUACUUGAUUAAAGUAACGAGGAGACAUUUUACAGUCUCAACAGGUCGUCUUAGUUAGUUAGUUUAGACAGGGCUAGGGUUAGCUUCAGCUAGCCAUUUCAGUGAGUUAGUUUAGACCUGGGCUAGGGUUAGCUUCAGCUUGCCAUUUCAGUGAGUUAGUUUAGACCUGCGCUAGGGUAAGCGUCAGUAGCCAUUUCAGUGAGUUAGUUUAGACCUGGGCUAGGAUUAGUCCAGGUCCCUUUUUUUAUGUUUCCGUUAAUAUUCGCAAAAAAAACUAAAACAUAUACACUUGACAUUUGAAUCUGAGAUGUGUAAUAAAUAUAUUUGAUAUUAA